AUGUAUACCGAUGAAAACUCAGACAAGGAAAGCGAGUACGAGGAACGAAGCCCUGAAGAUAGUCCGAAUAUUACCAAAAAGUCGUUAUCGUCUGUUGGCUUUAGAAAUAACCCUGAUAAUCAAAAUGCGAGACCCCUUGCAUUACGGGCCACGCAAUCUUUCACGGGAGCUGUCGAAGAGCUACGAUUUUGUAACAAUUUCCAAAGGAUAAACCUAUGCAACAGGAUGAAUGUGAUGUCCACCCCAAAGAUAGCGACCAUAUGUCCAUGUGGGUGCCUUCUGCGACCAGCUACCAUGGGACCCUUCAGAACUAGAGAGCAAAACACAUUGGCGCUACAUAUCGUCUCGCCAGAGGUCCUCAAUUACCAUGGCUACAACUACGAACCGAGCGAGAUAGCCAUGUUCUGGAAAAAAGAUUGCCGAAUGUUCUUAUGGAAGGGAAAAGCAAAAAUGAAGAAUGUUAUCCAUGCUGACUCAUACAAAAAAUGA